AUGGCUAGAAGACCAAGGCUCUAUGCAGAUAUAAAUGCUCAGCUAGGACCUGAACAUUCUGAUUAUGAGAACCUCACAAUUCGAUGGGGACAGCAAGACAACUACGAAAUCAUCAGGAAGAUUGGUCAUGGUAAAUAUUCAGAAGUUUUUGAUGGAAUUAAUUCAGCGACUGAUGAAAAAGUUGUGAUAAAGAUUCUCAAGCCAGUAAAAAAAGCCAAAAUCAAGCGAGAAAUCAAAAUUCUUCAAAACCUUCAAGGAGGCCCAAACAUCGUGCGUCUCCUCGACAUAGUGAGAGAUCCAGCCUCAAAGACUCCUUCCCUUAUUUUUGAGCAUGUAAAUAAUUUCAAUUUCAAGCAGCUUUACCCACAACUGACUGACUUUGAGGUUCGUUACUAUAUUUUUGAGCUUCUAAAAGCUUUGGAUUUUUGCCAUUCCUUAGAAAUUAUAGAAAUAAAUGGUGACAUCGGCGGAAGAUGGACUCCAAGAUAUAUACCUAUAGAGCAGGUAGGGCUGUUCCUAUGAAGCUGAAAUAGUGACUCUGUCACUUUUUGAAGUAGGCCUUAGGUUUGGGGAUGCCUGUCAAAGAGGGAAAUUUUAUUUUUCCCCCGGAGGUUUUCCCUGUCUCUGCCAGAUGGGCUAGACAGGUUUUGCCUCCCACUUAGUCUUUGCUUAUUAGACUAAGGGGCAUCCGCAAGAGGUUGUUCUGAUCUAGGGGCUAAUCCUUAGCUUAGGUGGAUUUACGCGAGAUAGGCAGGCUAGUGGUCUAUCCCCUUAUGACCUUGAAUCUUAACUUAACUUAGGAAUUAUGCAUAGAGAUGUAAAGCCUCACAAUGUCAUGAUUGACCAUGAAAAGCGGCUUGUGAGACUCAUUGAUUGGGGUUUAGCUGAGUUUUAUCACCCUAAGACUGAGCUGAACGUAAGAGUGGCAUCAAGGUACUUUAAAGGUCCAGAGCUAUUAGUAGAUGACCAAUUAUAUGACUACUCCCUUGACAUGUGGAGCUUAGGAGCAAUGUUUGCUGGAAUGAUAUUUAUGAAGGAGCCUUUUUUCCAUGGCCACGACAAUAUGGACCAACUGGUGAAAAUUGCUAAAGUUUUAGGGACAAAUGAGUUGUAUAGAUAUUUAGCGAAAUACGAAAUCGAGCUUGACCCUCAGCUUGAAGGAAUGGUGGGAAGGCAUGAAAAACAGCCAUGGCAAAAAUUUGUGAAUAGUAAAAAUUCGCACUUAGCUAACCCUCUUGCGAUUGAUUUUCUGUCUCAUUUAUUAAAAUAUAACCCGAAUGAAAGGAUUUUGCCAAAAGAAGCAAUAGAUCAUCCUUAUUUUGUCCCAGUAAAAGAAAUGUGGAGCCAGCUGGAAAGCAAAAACCUAUCAAUUCAGCCAGGAAAUCCUGCUUAUGAAACAGCUAUCAUAUUGAAAAACAGGAUUGACAGAGGCUUAAAUUAA